ACACAACACAACUGUCACCUAUUUUUGUGGAAAAAGUUGGCGGUCCUGGAAGUAUGUAAAAUGGGAACGUUAUCUUAACGCAAAUGAGGUGUUUUUGUUUACAUAUUGGUUAACUAAUCCGUUAUAGAAAUAUUUUUACCUCUGAGCCAUGUGCUGUUUUUAAUGUGAACCAAACUACCGUGUAAUAAAAAUGAAGGUGAUUUGAGGACGAACGUCUCUUGUGAUAGUAAUGGAUGAAGCAAGCAUUGAAGUCUUGGUGUCUCGUGAAGCCUAUCCAGUGAAUACAUUUAUUUCUGAUGAUGGUAUAUAUACAGUUCCAUUUAACUUGUUGCCCGGAGAGGGUGGUUUAUUCAGGGGGCGUACUUCAGAAGGAAUUCUCAUCUUGACAGAAUACAGGCUGUACCAUGUAGAAGGAACUUUUUUCAAUAUCCCUGUUGGUUUGAUUGACUAUAUUGAAUGCAGAGAUAUAUUUUAUUUAUAUAUUUAUUGCAAAGAUGGACGCUCAUAUAGGUGUAUUUUUGAUAAUAAUGAUGAAACACAGAAAUGGUUCAAGAGAAUUCAAAAUGGUAUAAAGGUUCCUGACAAAGUGGAUGACCAGUUUGGGUUUCGAUCUUUUGCAUGGACAGGGGAAGAACAAAAAGAAGGCAUUGCAUCAAAAUUUUCCACUCAUGAUUUGAAAGAAGCGGCAUUUGCGGAUAUUACAGCCGAGGCUGAGAGAAUGGGUUUUGAUCUGAAUAGUGUGUGGAAGAUUAGCAGAGUAAAUGAAGAUUAUCAGUAA